AUGUUGUCUCCAAGCCGUGCAUGCAGCAUUGGCCCAUUCAAUAUAGCGGACAGUGGUUUUGGUAAAUUCGAGAUACGAGACAAUGAAGAUGGCGAAGCUAUCACGCUAGACAAUUUUGACGAGACUGAUGCAAUGGCCGACCCCAUUUUGAACAGUCCCCGUUCCAUCGAGGCUUGUCGGAUGCUUGGUCUCGAGUUUAGCGAACUUAUUUUUCAUCCGCUCGAGUACUUUCUUAGCUCUUCAAAAGGUUUUUGUAGGACGCUGGAAGAUCGAGAAUUUGCCGCCAAACGAGCAGCGAGGUAUGAGAAAAAUCGUCAAAUUCAGCUUCGCAAUGUGCGCGCGCAACGCCACGAGCUAAUUGAGGCUCAGCUUCAAAAGCUUCAAGGCCUCAUGUCGCUUAAAACGCGCACCUUUUGUCGCUCUCCAGUGGGUGCUGCUCGUUUGGGCUUUGGAAUCACGCCGAAAUGUUGCUCAACCGAAGCGCAAGCAUUGACUGUGAUUGAACGAGAAAAGCGAGAACUUGAGCGAAUACAACAGCGUCAAGCGCUGGAAGUCCAGCAAAUGCUCAAUUUUGAAUAUAAGUUGACGGAGCUACAACAAGAGCGUGAGAGGAAGGAAAUAGAGCAAAAGCGACGAGAGGAAUUACUUGUUAUGGAGCGUAUACAAAGACAGCGAGAGGUUGAUGAAUUAAAACGUCGUCGAGAGAUUGAAAGAGCAGAGCAGCAUCGUCAAGAGCUCCAGGUGGCUAAACAACAAGCUCUUGAGCAGCGGAGAGACUUAAGGAGACGUGAGCAACGUGCAAAGCAAGAAGAAGCUCGUCGGCUGCGUGAUGCGCAGCUCAGUGAAAGAGAACGCCAGCGUCAUCACGAAGAAGCUCGAAAGCAAAAUGAGAUGCAAUUGAAAGCACGAGAAUUAGCUGAAAAACAGGCUCGAAACUCGGCACGGAUCGCUAAUGUGCUGCACGAAAAAGACUUGCAACGCUCAGCUCAGCUUGAAGAAGCAGCUCGUAAACAACAACUCAUUGACGAACGUCGUCAAGCACUUGAAUACGAGCGGAGGAUGAAAGAGGAGGAAGGACGACUCCAAGGACUUCGAAAAAAAGAAGCUAUAGAAGGUGUUCAGCGCCAGUUAGCAAUGAUUGAAGAAAAGCGUCGAGAGCAGCUUCAAGAGAAAGAGCGACUGGCUCAGCUACGGCUGGUGCAGCGUGAAUAUGAAAAAGAACAGCAUUUAAAAGCCCAACAGCGGGAAGAGCGGCGAUUGGAACGGGAACGUCGGAGUGCAUACGAGCGCAUGGAAGCGCAUCUUCACGAGAAGCAAGCUGCUGUACUUCGAAAGACAAAAAUGAAGGCCAUGGCAGCGCAGAGGAUGCAAGAGUAUAAGCAUGCAUCUGUGCGAGCUAGACUGCAAGAUGCUAAAUUACGCGAAGAAGAGAUUCAGAGCGCACUUCAGCGUAAGAAUCGACAGGACGAAUACCGUGCCAAGCUUCUGCUUUCUCGAAUCGAGACGGACAAUCAUCGCAUUGAGCAUUUACAAGAGCAGCGUGCCAGUCUCAUUCGUCGACGACAAGAGAUCAAGCAAAGAGCUGGUCGUCAAAAGCAUGAAAUUCUCGAGAGUUUUUACAAGAUGAAAGUGACCAAGAAAUUGAACCUUCCUAAGCAUAUAAGGCUUAAGAUAGGAAUUGGACGGCCGCGUUCGGCUUCCGAAGCACUUUAUCCAACGCAAUCUUUGCAAACAGAAAGUAAAGGUGUUGAACGACCAUCAGGAAAUAGUAGGAGACCCAUGAGUGCCGUAGCACGACGCUCUCGUUGUGCUACUAUAAGUCGUCAACGUAUUACUAGCCGUGAGCGACAGAAUACAUCAGACACAGACUCGUGUUGUGGCUCUCACAGCGCCGAGUCUGCAGAGGAAUUUGUGAAUUUCGCUGAUGAAAAAAUUAUUGCUAUGAUUAACGAUCUUCAAAGACGACAGAAUGAAGAAUUGCUGGAGGUUUUACAGGAAGAACAUCAUGCGGAAGAACAACGGGAGCAUCUUUUGCACCAAGCAUCUGCUGAUCCACGUGAACGUGGACGAAUAGAGAGACUGUUUGAUAUCGAACGAGGUUUAGCCAGUGAGCGCAUCAUGCAGAUCACACACCGACAUGAGUGCACGUUGGCAGCUAUGAUGCACGAGCUUCAGGCUAUUUAG